AUGUUUCAAGGGUCCAUCCAAGACUCCGAGGACGGCUACAUGGCACUGGACGACAUCGCCGUCUACGUGAACGAGACUUGCAGCAAUCUCCCACGCGACAACGCUGCAAGAAAUAGGGUGCUGGGGCUGCUGAGCUGUUCCCUGAAACCCGACGGCCAGUGCACGUGGGAAAACUGGACUUCGGCCGAAGGUGCUCGCUGGCGUUUUGGCAAGGAUGUUUCUCCCGAGACCCCUCUUCUGCCCCCCGGCCCUCCGGGGGGACCGAAAGGGGACUACUUCUACAUGGACUGCAGCUUUCUGGGCUCUGCCAACGACACUGUGGUCGCGCUGGAGCUUCGGUCCCCGACGCUGCCCGCCCUCUCCGAGCCUGUCUGCCUGUCCUUUCACUACUACAUGUUUGGAGCUGGUCCGCGUAGGCUCGUGCUCAAGCACCUGAGCGAAUCGAGCAAUUCCACGCUGUUCCAGCAGAUUGGCUGCACCACCGCUGACCGGUGGUACCGUGUGACACGGACCUUAAACCUCAAGAGCGCUCGUAACAAGUUUAUGUUUCGAGUGGACAGCACCAUGUGCGUCUCUGGCCACAUUGCGCUGACCGAGUUCGUUGCUGUCGCUGGAACUUGUGACGACACUGGCGACGGUAAAGGUGUGUGCGGGUUUGAGGACAGCCUGUGUGAUUGGAAGUUAGACGGUUCCUGGGAGCGCCAACGGCUCGAUCCCGAUAGCCGCAUGAGCAGGGCGCUUAAGCGCUCUGGGCCCGUCACUUCUGCUUGGGCGAUGGUCUUGCCGCAGAAAGAGGGUUCCUCGGUCAGCGGUAACCUGACCAGUCCAAGCUUUGUGGACAAGCAACGUCCCCGCUGCCUGGAGCUGUGGCACUACGGGGACGAAACAAAAGAUUCGACCCUCUGGGCCGGAAUUUCGCUCAAGACUGGGCCGGCAGAGAUCCUCUGGACGCGACCGGGGUCGGUUCCUGCCGCCUCGUGGGCUCUCGCCAGAGUUGAGGUCCCAGAGCAGAAGGGUGACUUCCAGGUGUUCAUCUCCGGCAGCAUAAAUGCCACAUCCAACUCCACGGCAGUCGUGGCAGUAGACAACGUCCGUUUGACCCUGGAGCCUUGUCUGCACGUCGCCAGCUGCGACUUCGAGGAAGACCUGUGCGGCUACGAGAACGACUUCAUGCCUCCCUUCAAGUGGCUCGUUGGAUCGGGACGAAUGGCCGGCUCUGCGUCGCCCAAGAUUCCGGGGCUUGUGCCUCUUGGCGGAGGUUCUGCGGUACCCCGCUGGUUCGCUUACGUGGACACAUCAAAGCCAAUCAAAGGCCCCAACCUCACCGCAACCCUUCGUAGCGCCAUCUUCCGAGCAGACGACAACUCCACAGUGCUGCUGCGCUUCCUCCGAACUGGCAAAGCCAUCCAGUCCAUGGAAGUCCGUCUGAACGCGUGGCAUCCAAACGGCUCCAAGACGGUGAAAUCCUGGACUCUGGGGGAAGGCGAGGACUGGCAGUCCUUCGAGCAGGAGCUUCAACCUAGCGACGAGACUCAGCUGGAGGUCAGCGUCACGCGUUCCGGUCAGACCGGCGGCAUUGCGGCCCUGGCCAGUAUCGCCAUCGGCCACAUCAGGACGAGAGGUCUCAGCUGCAACUUUGAAGCUGGCAACCUUUGCUCCUGGAAACCCGACGAAACAACAUCCGGUCAACCUAGUUGGGUGCUUAACGAGCCUGCUGAAAGAAUUCCAGCCUCCUUGCACUACGACCACACCACUGGAGGCUAUGCCGGACGUUUCAUUUACGCUGAAAGCAAGGGUGGCACCAAAGUCGUAGCCAAGCUGAAAAGCGCUGUGUUGCCAAAAAGCUUGCUGGUUAAUGGUUGUUUGAACUUCUGGUACUUCAAGCUCACUACUAACAGCAGCAGCAGCAGCAGUUUUCCUGCUUAG